UCCUCCCAUAAAUCCAGGAGGCGAGCAGCCGUUAGGGGUUUGACACUGGGAGCUGCUGAGCGUCAUGCCUCUGCCUCGACGCCACUCAUCCUUCUUGGGACAGUCGUCCUCCGAGCGCCCAGCCUCCACCUCCUGUGGGAGGAUGGGCGCGGCCGGGACCACGGCCCCCCGGGGCAUCUUUGUGGGCUCUGCACCCAUACUGGGUCCAAUCUCUGGGCUGGGAACACGUGUAUCUCGCAGGGCUUUGGGAAUCAGUAGUGUGUUCCUGCAGGGGAUGAGGAGCAGUGCCACACCGGUUCUGCCUCGAGCUGGUGAACGGCCCAUGGGAAGUGGAGCAACGGCAAUGGGCAUGAACAACUGCCUGAUGGAAUACCGGGACAAAGUGAGAGCACUGGAACAGCUGAACCAACAGCUGGAGGAGCAGAUCCGACUCUGUCUGGACCGCAAGGCAUCCAGCGCCGGAGCCUGGGGUCCCCUCAGGAGGGAGUGGGAAGACAUCUACAGAAAGGUCAGUGAAGCUAUCCUGGACAAUGCUCGGCUGAUGUUGCAGACAGAGAACGUUCAGGCCAACGCCGAGGACUUUAAAGAAAGGUAUGAGAAUGAGCAACCCUUCAGGAGGGCGGUGGAGGAGGAGAUCAGCUCCCUGCACAGAGUGAUUGAGGAGGCGAACAUGACAAAGGUGGAACUGGAGGAGCAAAUGGAGAACAUGAGGGCUGAGCUGCGCAGCUUGGAGCACAACCAUGAGCAGGAUGUGCACACUCUCUACAACCAGAUGGCUGGACGUGAGGUUGAUGAACCCGAUGUCCCCAUUGAAACCAGUCUAGACCAGAUUCUGGCCUACAUUAGGAGUCACUGGGAGAAGGUGAUGGUGAGGAACCGAGCUGAGACUGAGGGCUACUUGGAGUGUAAAGAGGCGCAGUGUGUGGGCAGCAGGCUGAGUCCCGAGGAGGAGCAGGUGGAGGCACUGAAGACAGAGUGCAGUGAUGUCAGCUGUAAGAUCCAGAGUCUGCAGGCCGAGACAGAGUCCAUCAGAGCUUUGAAACGAGGCCUGGAGAACUCGCUGGGCGAUGCCCGUCACUGGCAUGACGUAGAGCUACAGAACCUGGGCUCCGUGGUGGCCAAGCUGGAGGCGGAGCUUAACGAUGUGCGAAGCGAGAUCGAACAACAGCGUCAUGACUAUGAUGUGUUGCUAAGCAACAGACAGCGUCUGGAGCAGGACAUCAGUCUUUACCAUGGCAUCCUGGAUGGAGAGGAGAACCGCUUCCUGCUGUCUGGUGCCAUGCAGUGCUCAGCUGCAAAGCCUGAAGGAGAUGCUGCCGAAUCCAGGAGUGAUGCUCCUUCACCUCAAGGACCUUCAGGACCAGCAGGACCACAGCCCCAGUGACCCUGUACAGGAUGAGACACUAAGUUCCUCUAAAAAAGUGGCAUCCAAUCCUUCAUGUUUUAGAUGUUUUCUUGUUCAGUACACCUGGAUCAGAUGACCAGGUCAUUAGAAGCCCUUUGCCAAACCCAAUGACUUGCUGAGGAAAUUAUUCUACCAUUGGAACCAUCACACUGAGCCAGAACCACAUCUAAAAUAUGUAGGACACUGGCUCUGCAUAACCAGAACUGCCAGAAACAAACAUGGACCUGGUCUCUAACUGGUCCAGGUGGGACUGACACUAAAACCUGAUGCAGGAAGUUCAGUGUGUGAUGCUAUGUGAAUGUGAUGUGUUUGGAGAACUUAUUUGGACCUCAAUGUCCUGGUUCUGAGUCCAGAGACACAGAAACACACCCAGUACAUUGACCACUGUUUCUGGUUUUGUUGCUUUCAAAAUAAAACUGAAUGAAGGUGAA